GCGCUAAUUACUUUUUCCAAAGGCCGGAGGGUUUCACUCCGCUUGGCGCCGCCGCCUCGCGCGCUCCUGCUUCGCCGUCACGGCCCGGGGGGCUGCCGGUCCCGGGUACCAUGUGUGACGGCGCCCUGCUGCCUCCGCUCGUCCUGCCGGUGCUGCUGCUGCUGGUUUGGGGACUGGACCCGGGCACAGCUGUCGGCGACGCGGCGGCCGACGUGGAGGUGGUGCUCCCGCGGCGGGUGCGCCCCGACGACGUGCACCUGCCGCCGCUGCCCGCAGCCCCCGGGCCCCGACGGCGGCGGCGCCCCCGCACGCCCCCCGCCGCCCCGCGCUCCCGGCCCGGAGAGCGCGCCCUGCUGCUGCACCUGCCGGCCUUCGGGCGCGACCUGUACCUGCAGCUGCGCCGCGACCUGCGCUUCCUGUCCCGAGGCUUCGAGGUGGAGGAGGCGGGCGCGGCCGGGCGGCGCGGCCGCCCCGCGGAGCUGUGCUUCUACUCGGGCAGUGUGCUCGGCCACCCUGGCUCCCUCGUCUCGCUCAGCGCCUGCGGCGCCGCCGGCGGCCUGGUUGGCCUCAUUCAGCUUGGGCAGGAGCAGGUGCUAAUCCAGCCCCUCAACAACUCCCAGGCUCCAUUCAGCGGACGGGAGCAUCUGAUCAGGCGAAAAUGGUCCUUGACCCCCAGCCCUUCUGCCAAGGCUGAGAGACCUGAGCAUCUCUGCAAGGUUCUAACAGAAAAGAAGCAGCCGAGGCAGGGCAGACCUUCGCAAGACUGGCGGGAGCGGAGGAACGCCAUCCAACUGACCAGCGAGCACACGGUGGAGACCCUGGUGGUGGCCGAUGCCGACAUGGUGCAGUACCAUGGGGCCGAGGCCGCCCAGAGGUUCAUCCUGACCGUCAUGAACAUGGUGUACAAUAUGUUUCAGCACCAGAGCCUGGGGGUUAAAAUCAAUAUUCAAGUGACCAAGCUUGUCCUGCUACAACAGCGUCCGGCUAAGCUGUACAUUGGGCACCAUGGUGAGCGGUCCCUGGAGAGCUUCUGUCACUGGCAGAACGAGGAGUAUGGAGGAGCGCGGUACCUCGGCAACAACCAGGUUCCCGGUGGGAAGGACGACCCGCCCCUGGUGGAUGCUGCUGUGUUCGUGACCAGGACAGAUUUCUGUGUACAGAAAGAUGAACCAUGUGACACUGUUGGAAUUGCUUACUUAGGAGGUGUGUGCAGUGCUAAGAGGAAGUGUGUGCUUGCCGAAGACAAUGGUCUCAAUUUGGCCUUUACCAUCGCCCAUGAGCUGGGCCACAACUUGGGCAUGAACCACGAUGAUGACCACUCAUCCUGCACUGGCAAGCCCCACAUCAUGUCGGGAGAGUGGGUGAAAGGCCGGAACCCCAGUGACCUCUCCUGGUCCUCCUGCAGCCGAGACGACCUUGAACACUUUCUCAAGUCACAAGGUAGCACCUGCUUGCUGGUCACCGACGCCAGAAGCCAGCACAGGGUCCGCCUCCCACACAAGCUGCCGGGCAUGCACUACAGUGCCGACGAGCAGUGCCAGAUCCUGUUCGGCACCAACGCCACCUUCUGCAGAAACAAGGAGCAUCUGAUGUGCGCCGGACUGUGGUGCCUGGUAGAAGGAGACACAUCCUGCAAGACCAAGCUGGACCCUCCCCUGGAUGGCACCGAGUGUGGGGCAGACAAGUGGUGCCGCGCGGGGGACUGCGUGAGCAAGACGCCCAUUCCGGAGCACGUGGACGGAGACUGGAGCCCGUGGGGCGUCUGGAGCAUGUGCAGCCGAACUUGUGGGACGGGAGCCCGCUUCCGGCAGAGGAAAUGUGACAACCCCCCCCCUGGGCCUGGAGGCGCACACUGCCUGGGUGCCAGUGUGGAGCAUGCGGUCUGCGAGAACCUGCCCUGCCCCAAGGGUCUGCCCAGCUUCCGGGACCAGCAGUGCCAGGCGCACGACCGGCUGAGCAGCAAGAAGAAGGGCCUGCUGACUGCCGUGGUAGUCGAUGAUAAGCCGUGUGAACUCUACUGCUCGCCCCUCGGGAAGGAGUCCCCACUGCUGGUGGCUGACAGGGUCCUGGACGGCACACCCUGCGGACCCUACGAGACUGAUCUUUGCGUGCAUGGCAAGUGCCAGAAGAUCGGCUGUGAUGGCAUCAUUGGGUCUGCGGCCAAAGAGGACCGAUGCGGGGUCUGCAGCGGAGACGGCAAGACCUGCCACGUGGUGAAGGGCGACUUCAGCCACACCCAGGGGACAACAGGUUAUAUCGAAGCUGCCGUCAUUCCCGCUGGAGCUCGGAGGAUCCGUGUGGUGGAGGAUAAACCUGCCCACAGCUUUCUGGCUCUCAAAGACUCUGGUAAGGGAUCCAUCAACAGUGACUGGAAGAUAGAGCUCCCCGGAGAGUUCCAGAUUGCAGGCACAACUGUCCGCUACGUGAGAAGGGGGCUGUGGGAGAAGAUUUCUGCCAAGGGACCGACGAAACUACCGCUGCACGUGAUGGUGCUGUUGUUUCAUGAGCAAGAUUCCGGAAUUCAUUAUGAAUACACAGUUCCUGUAAACUACACUGCUGAAAAUCAGAGUGAGCCAGAAAAAUCGCAGGACUCUCUGUUCAUCUGGACCCACAGCGGCUGGGAGGGGUGCAGCGUGCAGUGCGGAGGAGGGGAACGCAGAACCAUCGUCUCUUGCACCCGGAUUGUCAACAAGACUACAACUCUGGUGAAUGACAGUGACUGUCCUCAAGCAAGCCGCCCAGAGCCCCAGGUCCGAAGGUGCAACUUGCACCCCUGCCAGUCACGGUGGGUGGCAGGCCCGUGGAGCUCCUGCUCGGCGACCUGUGAGAAGGGCUUCCAGCACCGGGAGGUGACCUGCGUGUACCAGCUGCAGAACGGCACACACGUCGCCACGCGGCCCCUCUACUGCCCAGGCCCCCGGCCAGCGCCAGUGCAGAGCUGCGAAGGCCAAGACUGCCUGUCCAUCUGGGAGGCAUCUGAGUGGUCACAGUGUUCCGCCAACUGUGGCAAAGGGGCACGGAAACGGACCGUGACGUGCACCAACUCCCAAGGGAAAUGUGACGCAUCCAUGAGGCCGAGAGCCGAGGAGGCCUGCGAGGACUACUCAGGCUGCUACGAGUGGAGAACCGGGGACUGGUCUACGUGCUCGUCGACCUGCGGGAAGGGGCUGCAGUCCCGGGUGGUGCAGUGCAUGCACAAGGUCACGGGUCGCCACGGCAGCGAGUGCCCUGCCCUUUCGAAGCCCGCCCCCUACAGACAGUGCUACCAGGAGGUCUGCAACGACAGGAUCAAUGCCAACACCAUCACCUCCCCCCGCCUAGCUGCCCUGACCUACAAAUGCACACGAGACCAGUGGACGGUGUACUGCCGGGUCAUCCGAGAGAAGAACCUCUGCCAGGACAUGCGGUGGUAUCAGCGCUGCUGCCAGACCUGCAGGGACUUCUACGCUAACAAGAUGCGCCAACCAGUGCCGAGCUCGUGACGCGCAGCUCAGGGGUCGCUCGAAGCUCCGACUCAAGGUCUGAAGCUGCCCCCUCCCUCCCCCCAGCGCACCAGCCCUGUGGCCACGCCUCCACAAGGCUGCCCCAAGAAUCCAAUCACCUAGAACAUGAGCGUGGACUUGACAUUAGUGCUUUGGUACUUAAUAUAUUGUUAACAGCCACUGGAUGGCUUUCUACAGCGAGGAAAAAAUAGGCAUGAAUCACAAAAUAAGAUUCCAGGUACCUCGAAGGGAAGCACCUCUGGCAGGCACCCGUGGAGAGAGAGAGAGAGACGACAGUUGGUGCUCCUGUCUCGGCUUGCUUUUGCCACUGGAACUCCCAGCUUGGUGGAUCAUGGAGGAAACAGCCCAAAAUGAGACACACUUCUGAAAGCCGGCGACACCCUGGAGGAAGGGGCAGGUGUUGGUGAGCCGCUGCCCACGGCUUCUCUGGAGUGGGCCGGGCUGCCCAGCCCACAUUUCUCUUCAUCUGCCUUCUUGACCACAUGAGAACCAGGACGUUGCCUCCGUGCCCAGCUCUGAAAACAGUCUCUAAACUCUGGGCAUUGUCUUGGAACUCUCAUCCCCGAGUGUGAAAAUCUCUGCAUGCCAAGGAGGACACCAGUGCCACACAGUUCUCCACCCACCCAUGGGGAAGGACGUCCAGGAGUGUCUGAGUUUGGGGGAGCACCUGCUUUCAGAGCACUGCUGUCUACCGUGUAGGGAAACAGAAGACCCUUUCUCCAAGGGGCUAUGAAACGGGAACCGCUAGUCAUGGCCAUGGGUGCUUCCUAAGGCGAAGGUGAGCUUAGGCCAGCUUUGUUGGGGGCAGAUGGGCACCUGCCCGCCUUCCUGGAGGUUCAGCUCUGGCCCAGACUUCAAGCUUUGCACCUUAGAGAUGCUGUGCCACAUCCCAAGGGCUUUCUACUGACCUUGGCUAUUUAUCUGGUUAGGAUGAUGUGUGGGACGCCUGAGGACACAAGCCGAGGCAUAGGAUCUGCAGAGCACGACCUGACUGCCCUGGCACGCAGCUAGCUUUCUCCGGGGGCCUAUCAGCCUAAUGCGCCGGGACCAGGAGAGGAGCGCCAUGUGGCCAGCCCUGCUGCACACCCACCGAGCCUUCCUAUAGCCCAGACUUUGUGGCACCCAUCAUCGUUGACCCAUCUUUUUGGUGGGGCAAGGAUGAUACAUGAUUCCCUCCUGCAGCCCCCUCACGCUGCCUUCUCCAGAAGCCCAGAGCACUGAGCAGACAGCCUCUUUAAGAGCACAGAGGAUGGUAGAACGCUGCCUGGCCCCAGGAGGCUGGGCAGGCUGGGAACAGGGACCCUGGCUGCCUGUUUUGCUCACCAACUUGGUGGGCAUUUCAUGGGUGCUUAUGUUCUAGAAACUUACCUUGAGAAAUGCCUCUCUGGGGCUAAUUUCCAUGGGAUCAUCUCCAAGGGCUUGAUUUACUGGUGCUGUGUUGGUGUUUUUGCUGUUUGAUGUCACAACCUUAGAGUUCGCUUAAAUCAAAGACAGAAACCUCUCUGCCGUCUCCACCCCGCCAUAGGAGCUCUGUUGUUGUCAUUAUUACCCCAGGGGCAGAGAAGCGGUGGGGGCGUCAGGAAUUUACUCACUUCCACUUGAAGCAUGAGAAGUGCUGAGGACCUUCCAUGGGAGCUCUGCGGAGAGAAAUAAGUAUCAGGACCAAGUGACUCACCUCACCCCGGGGGCCUAUGCAAAACACUGUCCUCCCGCCUCAGGCCUGGCCACCUGCAGACUCCCCUGAAUCCCAAAGCCCUCAAACUCUUGGGGAGCUGAGGUUCCAUUUCCCUCAUCCCCAAAUGAACUGUUAAUUCCACCGAAAGACGUACUUCGGCAUCAAAGGAGCAGGAAGCCUCAGCCUGGUCUCCUGCCUGCUCCAGGGGGCCUCGAAAUACGCCCCCUGGCCACCCUGGCAAGGGCCUCACACCCUCAGAAUGAAAAGAAUCGAUUGACGGAUUGAGUUAUUGUCAAAUGCCCCCAUUAGCCCCCCAAAGUCUGCAUCUUUGCAGCUCUUUUAGCUCAUCUUGAAAUCCACCAGCCCGUCUUCUGUUUAUGGCACGAGCAGUGAUUUCCGUGAACCCAUCGUGACAUUCUUUCGCACUAGACACUGAUCACAGAAGUGCUGUUUCUGUAUUAAUACCUGUGCUGCCCCUCAAGUACUGUACCUUUGUGCUUGCACAUGUGUUACUAACUAGUCUCACGAUCCUAUGGUGCUACUUCUAUUGGUGCAAAACGAAACCCUGUGAGUGGACCACGGCCUGAUGUGAUCAGAACCCAGGAAAAGAUCCUCUGUGGCAACGCCAUUGCUCUUCCCUCAGUUCAGAGUCAAAUGUAUGUAUUUUCCAUUAGUUAACUUGCAUUAUACUGUACCCAUGGUAUUUUUGUUUUACUUUUUGGUGCUGGUUUUGAAAGAAAAAGAUGAACAUUGGAUGCCAUUAUACAUGAAAAACGAAUCAUAGCAUUGGAAGCAAGUUGAAUACGUGUAAUAAAAUGUUUUUCAUAAUGGC